CUUUCAGGGGAUGAAAUGUAUUUCACAGAGCUGAAACAUGUUUAUCAAUGUGACUGAAAGGAAGCACAUUGAGUUGACAUUUUGCUGACUGCAUUAAUGAUCUGAUUGAUUGGUCUGAAAGCUGCAGCAGAUUGACGUGAGGAGACUAAAGGAUACGUGCAGGUUUGGUUGGUGGUUAGAAAGUGAUGGUACAAACAUGCGAGCCUCAUUCUUCACACACUGACCACACAAUUAACAUGGUGGUGACUAUCAGUGAGUCUGAGCUGCUGUAACACCUGCCUGUGAAGGCCCAGCACACCUCACCCAUUAAACAGAGCACGAUUACUUGAAAUAUUUAUAUAUGUAUGUGCACUUCAGACACUGUAGUAUGACUAAAACUGAUUCACAUCUAGAGUGGAACCAUCUGAGAGGCUCAACAUGGUCUAAUGGACAGAUUUAGACAAAGAACUUACACUCAAAGCAAUUGGGAAAAGAGUAGCACCACACUUAACACUUACCCUGCUACACAUUACCCAUUAUAACUUCGACUUGAAUUACUGGCUUCAGAAUGUGCCUAAAUUAAAAGUACUUCAUAUGCAAAAUGUCCCCAUAAGGGUUUAUGUUCUAAGAUUGAAUGGGGAAUAUUUGUGUUUGUGUGAAUGUUUUGUUUGCUAAAUCUUAAUGUUGAAAAUCAUGUAUUAUAUUUGUGUUUGUCUGUAAUUAAUGUGAGGUUAAUACAGAUAAACUAAUAACAUAAAACAUGAGGAGUUUGCUCUGUUAUGCAGUUACUGGUAAAACCAGCAGAGGGGGCUGAGUGAUUGUCAUCAUGAGGGAGAGGUUUCCUUCUUCCUGUGGUGAUAAAAGAGAGAAAGAAGAGGGGAGUCCUGGUUUUGGUCCCUCAGUGUCAGAUGGAUUAUGGCUCCCAGGAGGAUGGAAACCAAACCGGCGAUCUUCUGCCUGAAGACGCUGCUGCUGCUCUACUCCUUCAUCUUCUGGGUGACAGGGGUGGUCCUGCUGGCGGUGGGGUUAUGGUGGAAGUUCAUGUUGGGUCCCUACAUGUUGCUGAUCUCUAGCAGCCCUUCCAGUGCUCCCUACGUCCUCACUGGCACCGGCGCCGCCAUUGUCCUGUUCGGACUGUUCGGCUGUUUUGCCACCUGUAGGGGGCGUCCCUGGAUGUUAAAACUGUACGCAGUGUUUCUGUCUCUGGUCUUCAUGACUGAACUCAUUGCUGGGAUCUCUGGAUUUGUCUUUCGUCAUGAGAUUAAAGGGACAUUCCUCACUGCAUACAGUGCAGCAGUGAUGAGAUAUGACGGACGAGAUGACAGGAGUCUGGCAGUAGAUGGUGUCCAACGCAGAUUACACUGCUGUGGAGUUUAUAAUUACACCAGCUGGUUCAGCAGUGUGUAUUUUCCCAUCAGUGGGAUUCCUACCAGCUGUUGUGUUCAUGUCUCUGACUGCAAUGAAGCAGACCUGAAGAACACCACUCUGGCAGCACAGAAGGUCUACAAAGAGGGUUGCUAUGAGCUGGUUGUGUCCUUCAUAGAGAGCAACAUGGGAAUCAUUGCUGGAGUUACCUUUGGUAUUGCCUUCUCUCAGCUGGUCGGUGUAACUCUGGCCUGCUGCUUGUCUCACUUCAUCAACAGCAACCAGUACGAGAUGAUCUAACAGGAAAGUGAAUAAGAUGUACAUCACCAUGGAAACCUUAGGAAAAACACACACAUACAAACACGCACUGUUAACAUUCCUGUUGUAUUUAUUUUGUGUCUUGCUGUGAAAUACUGAAAAUUGACCCCUUUGUGUUCUCUCUCUUUGUGUUGUUACGAUCUUUCUUUUUAUGUGUGUCAGGCUCAGGUCCUGAAAAAACCUGUUGUCAGUAACAAUCAUAUUCAGAAAGCCCUCUUAGGGGCACCAGAACACUUGAAAGGCUUUCACAUUUUUAGGUUAAAGUUGAAAUUUGAUUCUUUCGCAGUGUGCUGUGUUUGAAAGAUGUUCGUGUUUCAUAUUCUGUGUACUGUGAUGUGACAGAUUUUAUAUUUCUGUUUUCUGAAUGCAUGUCUCAAAUAGUUAUCAGUGAGUUUGUCAAUGUUUUCAAAAAAAAUAAAUGAGGCUGCGUGUUGUGUCGAUAAGUCCAA